AUGAAAAUGGGCAAUCCUGUAGAUACUGUAUCUGAUUUUGUAACGAGUAUCGGUCCACGACGAGGGCUGGGAGCACAGGCUACUAGCGAGUUUCUCGAGAACCUCAGAUGGACGUCAUUUCUUCUAGCUUAUCAGCACGACACAGAUCUCGAAGAGUUAGCACCUCUGAUCCAUGAUCGGCGUUCCUCGCAUAAUGGUGGUUUACGAGCUUCUGUCAAAGUUCGAAAAUUGCCUAACAACACUAACGAUUACGAACCGUUCCUCAAGUAUGUGCGGAAUCGACUUCGGCAAACAAAUAUCGUAAGUCCUAGUUGUUACAGAGUGAGUGUACUCAGUUUCACAAGCUUAAUUUCUCGAGGCGCCCAGCUGAGGUAA